CCAAGAACUAAGUUCUUUGUCGAUUGUGAUAUCUGAUUGCUGCACAAGGAUACACGUAGGUCCUUGAGAGCGACGAGAAUUUUCGCGCCGAGUGGCAAACAAUGGUCCUCCCUUCAACGACCACGGAGCGCCUUCUCUCCGGGCUCGCAAUUCGCCUGAUACUGAUUUUCUUGAUCUGCCCUCUCGUCGAUUUUUACCUCGAGACCCCCUACACGGACAUUGACUACUUCGUUUUUUCCGACGCGGCUGGGGCUUUGAUAGAUGGAAAAUCGCCAUACGAUGACACGGGCCUGGCUUACGGGUACCCCGUCGACCUCCCUGUAAAAUCAACGGCAUCAAGGCUAUGCGUUGCAAAUUAUAUCAUGUCGGGGUCGGGAAGAAUGCACACAGUUGCAAUCCAUUGUGCGGCUUUCUCCUGCAAGAAGGUCUAGAAAGAAAAAAGCACACAGAGCAUAACAAGAGGAAGAAUCGCGAGACUCUUGCUUAUCCUUACCCAGCCUGCAUGAGGAGAAAGGCACUCUGUCUUCGGAUGACAAAAGGCGCGGCUUAUUUUCUUUUUGCUGACGAUACACGACAGAUGUUUGUCUACGCCAGACGCAGCACCAUGUUCCAGACCAUCCAGAUCGGUAUUUGCAAUGCAUAAAGUAGGCCGGAGCGUUACAACAGACCGGUGCUUCUCGAGGAGAACACAAAGUACCGCUACAGCCCGAUUCUAGCGGUUCUGCUGCAGGGGAACCAUGUUGAUUGGAUCCGGUUUGUUCCGUCUGCGUUCCUUGGUUGGAGGUGGGACGCAGCUGCUUCCAAGGAAUCCUCCCUCUGGUUUGGGAAGCUUCUAUUUGUCCUUGCCGACGUAGCCUGUGGCUGGUUGUUGGAGAAAUUAUUGAUGCAGAAAUCUACUUCUAGUUCUAGUUCUGGUACGAAAACAACAACUUCCGAGGGGAAAAAUAAACGUGUAAUUGCAGGAGAAACACACGAACAAACCACCAGCUCGUACAAGAACCCAUCGACUACACCCAGCAACGUGGCAGGUCGCGGCACUACGCAGGUUUCAACCUCUACUGCCGCGAUCGACAAUCUCGAGCAUGUGGGAAAACUUGUGUUCGGCAAGCUCACCUUCCUCCUCUGGCUUGGGAAUCCGGUGGUCAUUGCGCUCAGUACCCGAGGUAGCUGCGACGUUUGCACCUCCUUGUUGCUGUUUCUCGGGCUUUUGCUUUUUUCGCGAAAACGCAGCGUCGCUGCUGCGGGGGUCUUGGGCCUUGCAACGCACAUGCGGAUAUACCCCGUGGUGUACAUCGUCCCGCUGGGGCUGGCGAUUUGGUUUGAUGCCGUAUCUUCUUCAGCUGCCACGUUUGCAGACGAAGGGCGGGGGAGCGAUAGUACAGAUCCAGAUGCAGAUGCUCAACACGUAGUAGCCCACGACGAUAUGAAGUACGGGAACAGCAAGAGAAAUCAGAGCUAUUUCCAAACGACGAAAGUCGGAGCAAAGCUCUUGCUUUCCCUCUGUGGCUUCGCAACCGGUUUUCUUUUGCCAACCCUGCUGUCCUACUCUUACUUCGGACACGCCUACUUGGAUGCCGCGUUUUUCCACCAUGGACGCAGGAUCGAUACGAAGCACAACUUUUCCCCCUACUUUUUUCUGUUUGCGAAACUGCUGGGGGAAGGAGGUGGAGAAGACGGUGGCAGCGCCACGGUCCUCGUUUUACGCUUGUUUUCGACAGGUUUGCAGUUAACCUUGGUGGUCGUUGCUGGCGUUUACUUGUGGCUAGGACCACGCGACCAGGAGCUCCAGUGGGCGGGCUUGCUUCAGAAAAUUAUGUUUCGGUUUAAUUGUAUUCCCGUUUCCGGUGGAAAAAUAAGUAGAAGUACGGCCCUUCAGAAGCAGUCUGCCGGCGUCCAAACGAAAAGUCCAGCCGCUCUCCUGGCGAGAAAAAACAGAAAAAGGUCGCAAACCCCGAAGAUGAAGACACGAACGAGCAAUGCUGCGUCAUUGUCAGCGUCUACAGGCAGCACAGCUUCACCUCGGGAAAGACUGGCACGACCAAUGCGACAAGAACAAGACGCUGCAGCAGUCCCCUCAGGCGACGAUACAGACGAAGAGCAUGAAAGCAAACACCCCAGGAGCAGCGCAGCAAAGAUAGAAGAAACGUUAUUGAGAGGAAAAAUCCCCCCUCGCCAUAUUGAAAAGGUAUGUUUCCAAAAAUUUGUAUUGCGGAUUUGAGGUCACAAAUCACAUCUGUCUUGCAAGAAGACAAGGGCAGAAGCUUCCGCCCCAUUAUGGAAGCGAUUUGUCAUGCUGCUGGGCCUAAAGGGGGGCCGCUUGCCAUGCUGAACUACUAGACCCAUACGCCCCUACCUAGCCUGGGGAUCUGGCCGCGGUGACUCUCUGCAAUACAAAGCUGAUUUGUGGCCACAAAGCAGCAUCACAAAUUUCCGUUUUGAUAUGGGGAGGGGGGAUUUUUCAUUUUGAUAAACGUUGCAUCAAUCCUUGCUGCUCCAGAGCCUGGUGUUUGUCCUGGCCAACCGGGUUAUCAAAUGCAAAAAUGUCUGGGUCUGGAAACUUGUAAUGCUGUGUUGGGAAUAGUGAAUGCUCUGUAUUGCACAGCCAAGCAUGAGAAAUAUCUGCGCUUCUUUGUGUUGCGUUUUUCGCAUGAGAAACUGCGUUUUUGCAUGACGGAAAAAGGGUCUCUUCUUGGACACGCAUCACAAACUUUUUUGUCAUGCCAGACAAGCAUGAUUUUGAUUCCAGACCCAGACACUUUUGCAUUUGAUACGGGUCUGUACGGCGCAGUACUUUCUCUGGUGGAUGCAGUUUUUACCUCUGGUGUUGCCAAAUCUGAUAUUGCUGAAGCCGACGAGGGACAGUAGAAGACGCUCCUCAUCUGAUAUAAGAUCCCGUACGAGUAGAAAAUCAAUAAAGUCUACAACUUCCGCAAUAAGCCUUUUCACAGUGUUUGGAGCUUUCGGCUGCAGCGUUUUGAAUUGGCUUUUCUGGGCGUAUGUGCUAGAAUUUCGAGGAAUAGCGUCCGUACGGCCUGUGGUGUUUUGUAGCAGUUUAGCGGUCAGCGGAACGCAGGGACUGUUGGUGAGGAAGUUUGCAAACCUUUUUUAUUCGGAAGAGCAGAAAUAGAACAAAAGUAGUAAACUAGUGCUCAGGAGUGUAGAUCGUAGUAGAAGUACGUACGUAGGGCAGUAGUUUUUACAACUCGCUCGCCUUGACAGCGGACGAGCACACGAUGGCUGUCAUCCUCUCUGCAUCUGGCUCAGUUCUGCAGCUCGGGUCGCAAUUUUGUACACAAUUUCUUACAUCAAAUGAAAAUUUCCAUCUUUUGGCUCCUGGGUGAAGUGAGAU